AUGCGGGUGAGCACCGACAUACAAACGAAGAUCGCUUGUUGCCGAAGAAGAAAGAUGAUGAUUGGAGGAAAUCUAACCUCUUCUUCGCCCUCCUCCUCCUCCUCCUCCUCCUCCUCCUCCGCGAAGAUCAUUCUCGAAGCUUUUCCCGGAGAGAUAUUCCGUCGUGGUGGAGCUGCCGCUGAGAUUUUCCCUAGGAGAACGUUUCAUCUCAAGUCUUUGAGUUUAGAUUCUGUUCACGGCAGGAUUCUUAAGCCGAUUCCGCUUCGUUCAUCGUCUAUUAAGGCAAAUAUUAUAGAAGAUGAAGAAACUGUAGAGAAAUCCCCUGGAAGAAGGGUUCGUGUAAGGUUCCAGUUGCGGAAAGAGUGUGUCUUUGGGGAACAUUUCUUCAUCCUUGGUGACCAUCCUGUCUUUGGCGGUGGCCUUUGGGAUCCAGAGAACGCUUUACCACUUAACUGGGCAGAUGGUCAUGUUUGGACCUUAGAUCUGGAUCUGCCUGUUGGAAGAUUGGUUGAAUUCAAGUUCAUACUCAAGGCGCAGACUGGGGAGAUCUUGUGGCAACCAGGUCCAAACCGUGCUAUUCAAACCUGGGAGACUAACAAGACUAUCAAGAUAUGUGAGGACUGGGAAAAUGCUGAUCUCCAAAUGAUGAUGGAGGAAGAGGAAAAGCAGUCUUGUUUUAUCUUGGAUAUGCCCAUGGUUGCUGAAAAUGUCACACAUCCAAAGCAAAGCGUCACCAGUGUUUCAUCAAACAGUGCAGGAAAAGAGGUUGAAGUGUUUCCUCCACCUAUACAACAAAUAUCGUCAGUUGUAGAUGUAGAGAAUGAAGGAUACGUAAGUGAGGAGAACUCUAGUGGAGCUCUGACUGCUUGUGAGGAUGAAAAUGUGGCCGAGGAAGCCAUGUUUACUGAGGAAGAAAGUCCAGUUUUGGUCCCUGGAUUGUUUCUUCCAUCUGACUUGGACAGUGAAGAAGUGAGUGGACCCAUCACGCAGGUGGCAGUGGAAGUUAUUAACGAAGGUAUAGCCGAAACGUUCCCAGAGGUAUAUAAGAAGCAAGAAAUCAAAGGAGAAAGGAACGAUAAAGGGAAAGUAAAAGCUGUUUCAGUGUUCGAGAAAUCUGAGCAAGAAGCAGUGAAAGGUGUAGAGAAGAUGCAUUACAAUGCAGCAGAGGAAGAGAUACAUCAUCAUCAGCAGCAGCAGGGGUUAGAGACAGAGGCGCUUGAAACCCCGCACGUGCUUUUAGAAAACGACAUCCAAUGGGGACGUAGAAAGCUUUACAAGCUUCUAAGCAACUUUGGACUUUUCUAAGCUCUGCUCAAGUUUUGGAGUGCGUUGUUACAUUUUAUUGGCAAAGGAGCAUCAAGAAGAUGAUUCUCUCAUAGUUUCAGACAAGAGUCAAAAACUAUCUUAAAAGAUAGGCAGGCUACGUUCUUCUCUGUUCAACUUUACAUUCGAUUCUAUAAGAGCUGAGAAUAGAAUGGAAUGCUCUGUAACUUGUGUGUUGUAUAUAUGUAAUGAUCAAACGGUUUUAGACUUUUAGUAAAGUAAGAUGGUAAUAAUAGAGAUGGAGUGUUUAUUGUGAUAAUCCACAUAUUAAGUGGUAUUUGAAUGCUAAAUAAAUUAAUCAUUGGAAAAUUUA